GUGCAUCUACUCUUGCGAAGGAAGCAAUGGCGGUCUAGAAAAUCGUCGUGUUGUGCGUAACUGUAACCAAAAUGAACAGCGAUUCCUCUGUUUCGAAGGCGUUGGCGUCUCUCACCGAGACGUACACCGAUUCGGAAGGCGAACUCGACUCGGAGCAAGAGACCACUGAGCGCAAGGAGCCGAGCGUCGAGAGUACGCCGAAUUCGCAGAGUGGAGUGCCGCUCGUCUCGUACCGUGCCGAGGACGAGGACGAGGCGGUGGGCGAGGACGAACCCGGCCAGGUGCUGUACGUGCGUCCAGAGUCCCCGGUCUCCUUCCACCGGUGCCUGCAGAGCCUGGGGCCGAACGGCGUGUUCCUGCCGCCCGAGCCCCCGGGACGCUGCGCGCCGGCCCUGCAGGAGAAAAUCGCGCGUCUCUACGAGCGCAAGGUCCGCGACGGGCGCGACAUGAACGCCUCGAUCCAGAUGCGCAAGGACUUUCGCAACCCGAGCAUCUACGAGAAGCUGAUCGCCUACUGCGGCAUCGACGAGCUGGGCACAAACUACCCGCCGGAGACGUACGACCCACACAGCUGGGGGCCCGACUCGUACUACGAGGAGCUGUCGCGGCGUCAGAAGGAGGAGAUGGACAAGCGCGAGCGCGAGAAGAAGACCAAGGUCGAGUUUCUCACGGGCACGGCUAAGAAGCCCGAACCGCGCAAGAGCAAGUGGGACGUCGGGGGAACGCAGCCCGUGCUGGGCGUCGCCAGGCCUCUGGUUCUGGCCGCCAGGCCCACCGUCAUCUCCGCCUUCGGCACACUGCCCAAGAAGUCAUCCAAACCGUGACAGUAUUCAACCGUCUCGCUGGUGAAACCGUGAAAGGGGGCCACUCUGGGGAUAUGCCUUCUGAGUCUUGAAACUUUAGAAAAAAGAGUUUGUACAAUUGCCUCAUUUCCUGCUGUGUGGAGAAGCAGCGAACAUGUUACUCCAUGCCUCAUCUCAGACGUAUUUAUGUGAGAUAGGCAUAACGGUGAAGUUAAGGUAGUGCAUAUGUGGGUUUCUCAUAUGUUAAUGUUAUUGACGGUCGCAGAACAGCAUUAUGUAAAAGUUUGUAAGCAAGUAGUAAAACCAACUGUUAAUCUAUAAACAUAAGAGUCUGUUUUUUGUAUGAAACAAGGGAACAUGGUGCUGUGUUCUACACUACUUUAACUGGUUUCAGCAUUGUCAGCUAGGUUAAUCAUAAAUUGUUAUGGUAUAUGUAAUGUGUGAGUAUAUGAAAGAACAGUGUAAUGUUAUCGGUGUCUUUAAUGGGAAAGUAUGAUGUGACCUGUUAAGAAUAGGUAUUUUUCUCUAAAUCUUAAUUGUACUUUCAUGAACAUGCAUGUGCCAUGAAAGUUGUGUCCAUGUGGACACCGAGAAACUUUGUAUUGGUGAGGUUUUAUAAUCGCAUGUCAUGCACUACAAGUGAAGUAGUCGAUGUAAAAUUAAUCUCUAUGUGCAAAACUCUUAUGGUUUUCAUGCUUGUGAUGCGCUGCAGUUAGACACUGGCCAGAAAAAAACGAGAAACAACACAGGGUGAUGUGCAAACUCACAACUACUUCAUUUCGAUCACGAACAGCCUUAUGUACGAGAAAGAAAUGAUCGAAAUAAAGCAGUUGCGAGUUUGCAAAUCACCCUGCGUUGUUUCUCGUUUUUUUUCUGGCCCGUGUCUACAUGCAGCACAUCACAAGCAUGAAGAUGUACAAACUAGCCCC